AUGAAAGUCUUCACCCUUGUGAUAACUUUUAUCGGCAUGAAUAUCUUGAAAAAUGAUACGGUUGCAGCAAAAUUGAUUCCCGCUGAAGUUUGGAAGAAAAUCAAGCAGUUGAAGCGUACAAAAUUUGAGUCCGAACUGGUACGAUGGGCUGAUGCGACUGAUUCGGCGCUUAUCGAUGACGCGGCUGCGUUUAUAAGUGGUCUUCGUCCGCGUGAAGUUUUUCUUCAAUAUAUACAAGAGAAAGAAUUGCUGAAGAACGGGGAUUUGAAAGAGCUACAAAAACGAGUUAAAGGUCUUCUCAAAGUGAUUGAAAAGAAUCGAAUGCAGGAUGAAUUGCGAAAGAAGGCACAAAGAAAGGAGUCUUUCCACGAGUUAGCUGUUCAGUCUCUUGACCGUCUCUCACUCAAUCAUCCGCCAUCAAAAGGAAAUACCUCAAUGAUGUAUGAGGCUCUCUAUGAGUCGCUCAGUCGAAUCUUCCACGAUCUUCGUCUGUUCAAUAAUGAGAGUGUUAUUGUGAUGAACGACUUACUCGCUCACAUCACUUCUUUCUAUUUCUUCGCUCCUCAAGAAUAUGAGGCUAUCGUGUUGGCGAGUUCGUUUGAGUCACAGAAUUCGCUCAAAAUGGUAGAGUUGGCCGCUUUGUUGAGUAAACAUCUCCCGGCAAGCACUUUUAAAGACUGUUCAAAUCCUAUCAACUCCCAAAUCAACCAAGUCUUUUGUCCAUGUGAUUUGGAAGCGAAACGAACGUUGCAAGAGGAUUUGAAUGAGAUUGAAGCGCUUGAAAUAGGCCAUCACACACUCGUUGAUGCUCUUGGAUUAAAAAUCAAUGACAUCGCUUAUAAGGAAAUUCCGAAAAUCACCAACGAGAAAAUGUUCUUCUAUGCGUAUGCGGCGCUGUGGUGCGCGGCGGAUCCGGAACAAAAUUACGAAUGGGGCAGCUACCAAUCAGCCUCUCAUGUCCGCGUCAACUCGGCCCUUUCCUACUCGAAAGAGUUUCUUCGGGUUUUCGAAUGCCCGAAACACUCGAAUUUCGCGAAAUUGCAGGUGGGCCCAUUCAUGGAUCUU